AUGGAAGAAGAAUGUUGCGAACGAAACCGACGAGGUUUCGAGUUUUCGAAAAAAGGUCAAUUCGACGAGAGGUUUCCAGGGUUUCCAGGUUUCGGUCGAAACGUCUUCAUCGGUCGUGGUCGUAGCGUUACGACGGCCGGUCAUGGGCCGGGGUCCCACAGUGGUUGUCAAACGAUCCACGCCGUCGCCCCGUCCCGAGUCGCGGACCGUGGCGGGAUCCGCGGCAUCGACAGUCACUGUCCAGCGAAACCGCCACUUACUCGUCAAACGGCCAGCCGGACGGCAUGUAUCGACCCCUGGCGUGCGUUUCCCCCCGAGACUAACGCGAGACUUGGCUGGUUUCCGGUUUCAGAUGUGCCGAGGAUGGAGAAGUCGCCGCUGCUCGCGAACGGGUACAACCACCCGCCCACGCACCUCAGUCACAUGCAAUUCAUGCAACUGGGCGGACAUCCGGGCGCAGGGCACACGGCCAUCCUGUCGCCGGCCAGUCUGCCGCAUCAUCUGCAGGCGCAGGCACAGGCGCGGGCCGAGCAGGGGCUCAAGGUGAACCCGAACAUGUCCAACAUGGAGGCGCUGGCGAGGUCCGGGACGGUUUGGGAAAACUGCCGUGCUGCCUACGAAGAUAUUGUCAAACAUCUCGAAAGGCUCCGCGAGGAGAGAGGAGACGCCGAGAGGGCACUCGCGUUGGACCAAAAACCCAGGGAUCUGAGCUCGCACAAUGGUAAGAUAAAUACGCGUACGCUCGUUUAACCGUAAUUACAGUAA